AUGGCCAAUCAAUCAUUGUUGCUCGCACUUGAGCUCCAGCGUGAAGACCUUCAAGCGAUCGGGGAGUCAAUGAAGGGGAAACAACGAGCCGAUGAAAAAACCGACUUAGAUAUUGCUCUUGAAAUUUAUCAAAAUGAGCUCGACACAGUCUCCAAUCACGCAUAUGAUCGUGAAAUGGCUCUCAGUAUCGCACGAGCCGUACUAUCCGAUGCUUCCAUCAUCAUCGAGGCUCAAGAGGCAGAGGACCAAGCUGAACGGGAUCAUCGAUUUGCAAUGAGUCUUUCGGGAAAUGGAAAUGAACAAGUGCCACGGCACUCAACUGAGAGAAUGGAUGAAACACUGGACGACCAAUUGAUCGAGUACCUACAAGCACUGAAUAUCGAAGAGCCCGAGGACCAACCUGAGUCGUCAAGUUGGGCUGCCUCUCGCAAGCCAGAGGCCGUCAGAGAGUGUAUUGCUUGUGGUGACGAGUUCCCGCCUUUUGCCCUCUCUCGAUCUCCGUGCUCACACGAAUAUUGUCGCAAAUGCCUUGUUGGUCUCGUGCGCUCAUCACUUCAAGACGAGUCACUCUUCCCACCGCGGUGCUGUCGUUUGCCUAUACCCGUCACCACUGGCGGCAAGUGGUUCUCACCGGAGAUUGUUGGUCAAUUCAGGGCUAAGAAGCUGGAAUAUGAGACGCCAAAUCGAACAUACUGCAGCAAGCCAACAUGCUCAACAUUUGUGCCACCUGCGUUUAUUACAGGCGAGGUCGCGCAUUGUCCCAAGUGUAGUCAAAAAACGUGCACUCAUUGCAAAGGAAGACAACACACCGGUAUAUGCAGGGAGGAUGAUGCGUCGCAGCAGCUUCUACAGCUUGCAGCCGAGAAUGGAUGGCAGAGUUGCAAUUCCUGUCGCCGGAUGGUUGAACUCAACACUGGGUGUUAUCAUAUGAUGGAAUAA